GGCUGUUAUUAUUGCCUCUGAGCAGCUCCAGCAGCGCCAGAGGCUGCGCUUGGGGUAAGUGCUGGUUGCUGCAGCUGCAGCAGCCCUGGCACUGGCACUGGCGCUGUGGACUCUGCUGCUGCUGCAGCCGCCGCCUCCCCUUCUUUGCGGAUUGUUUGCAGUGCAGCAAGAGUCUAAAAGGUGAAAUGGACAAGAUACUAGAAGCUGUGAUGAUGUCUUCCUACCCCAACAAUGUGAAACAAGGGCUAGUGAGACGCGUCAUAGAGGCAAUAAAGCAGCCCAUGGACAGCGAACAGUGCUGGUCCAUGCUAGAACUCUCCACCAAGCUGUACCUCAUGGGUGACACCAAGUUUAAGAGAGAGAUCGGCAAAGAGGUUUUGGAAGUUUACGGCCACUACCACCCGGAGGAGUUUGAGGAGUUCUUCAAUGUCCGAUUCCUCCUGAGUCUCCUCCAGGAAGGUUACGGGCCUGCGGGGAAAAGGAGCCUUUACGUAUUAGAUUAUAUCCACCUGGGACUGCAGUUCAUCUUGGAGAGCCCGUCAGCCAGUGACAUUUUCAGCCUGCUGAGGAUUGAAGUGCUCCGCAAAGUCUGCGAGCGGCCUGGGCCCAAGCAGUGUGCUAAGAUCAGUAAGCUCUUAUCCCAGCAUCCUCAGUGUGUUCCCACAGGCAAACACCAGACUUUGUUUUGCCAGCAGCUAAUACGAUGCAUUGGGCAGUUCCAGUGCAUCUCAGAAGGAGAAGAUGACAUCAUGGAGUUUCUGGACCACGUGAACAAAGUGAGCGGACUGUUACAGAAGAUCUGGAGAGCUCAGACUUCCUCCAUUCUGCCAUCCUUGAAGGAGCUUUUUACUAUCAUUUCUUCGACAGAGGAGCAGGAAGCUCCAUCGAAUGCCUUGGCCAGCGUGGUCCAAUACGUUCCACUAGAGCUCAUGGAUGGUGUCAUAAGAAACCUAACCAACGAUGACAGCAUAACGGAUAUGCAGAUGAUGACGGCGAUCAGUAGGAUGAUUGACUGGGUCUCUUGGCCCCUAGGGAAGAACAUAGACAAAUGGAUCAUCGCUCUACUGAAGGGUUUGGCUGCAGUGAAAAAGUUCAGCAUCUUGAUUGAAGUCACGCUUUUGAAAAUUGAAAAGGUCUUUUCCAAGUUGCUGUACCCCAUUGUGAGGGAGGGAGCGCUGUCCGUUCUGCUGUACAUGCUGCUGAGUUUCCAGCACUCGCAUGAAGCAUUCCACUUGCUUCUUCCCCACAUUCCCAGACUGGUGGCCUCUCUGAACAAGGAAGACUCCAACUCAGCAACAAGCUGCCUGGAACAGCUGGCCGAGCUGAUCCACUCUAUGUUCUUCCGGUUUUCAGGAUUUCCAGAUCUCUAUGAGCCGGUCAUGGAAGCAGUCAAAGCUCUUCCAAUUCCAAAUGAAGACCGAAUUAAACAUUUAUUGGGACAAAAUGCUUGGACCUCCCAGAAGAAUGAGCUGGCCUGUUUCUACCCACGUCUAGCUUCCAAAUCUGACACAGGGAAGAUUGGGUUAAUUAACCUGGGGAACACCUGCUACAUGAACAGCAUCAUUCAGGCUCUUUUCAUGGCCUCUGACUUUAGGCACUCGGUGCUGAAUUUAACCGAAAGCAAUUCUCAGCCCUUGAUGACAAAGCUCCAGUGGCUCUUUGCGUUUCUGGAGCACAGUCAGCGACCUGCUAUCUCACCUGAAGGCUUCCUCUCAGCCUCCUGGCCUCCUUGGUUUAGCCCUGGAGCUCAGCAGGACUGUUCUGAAUACCUGAAGUACCUGCUGGAUCGGCUACAUGAAGAAGAGAAAACUGGGAAAAGAAUUUACCAAAAGCUUAAAGAGUCCAACUUGAUGCCUCAGGCUGAGGAGCGCCACUACGUAAACAAGACAUUAAUUGAGAAAAUGUUCGGGGGUAAGAUGAUGACAAAAAUCCGCUGUCUGAAGUGUCUAAAUGUCUCCUCCCGAGAAGAAGCCUUUACAGACCUGUCCUUGGCUUUCCCACCGUCCAACAGACACAUGCGUCUGCAGAGCUACACAGCAGUUUUACCAGUGGAAGAAAUCGGCCCACAGAUUAUUGAGCCACCCAUAAAACCACAGAGUCAGGCAAUGGAAUCUCCAAGGAGGCAAAGGAAGCACCCCGUGUCUGGAGAACCUCCCGUCCGGCUCUUGCCAGUAGAAACAGUAGGGUUCCAGGAAGCAGAGGGACAAGCGACUCCUUUCAUCCUGAGAUCCGACAGAGAUCACGUCAGUCUGGAGGCAGUGAAAGAUCCACUGUUGGCUUUUGGAGAGCAGACCUGUGGCUCCGAGGACUCCAGAUCUGUCCCGGACUUGAUCAACUAUUUCUUAUCACCGGAGGUGCUGACAUCCGAGAAUAAAUAUCACUGUGAGAAGUGCGCUUCCCUGCAAGAUGCGGAGAAAGUGGCCGAGCUGACAGAGGGGCCACACUACCUUGUCCUCACCCUGCUGAGGUUCUCCUUUGACCUGAGGACCAUGAAGAGGAAGAAGAUCCUGGAUAAUGUCUCAAUUCCAUUGGUGCUGAAGCUGCCGGUCCUGGUUGCCUCUGAGGACUCCGGUGAAGUUUGCCAGAACAGGAAUGGAUUUGUGUCCAUGGUGUAUGAUCUCUGCAGCGUGGUGGUCCAUUCUGGAGUCUCCUCAGAGAGUGGCCACUACUAUUGUUAUGCCAGAGAGUGUACCAGUACUAGUGCCAGCAGUCAGCCAAGGGACGGGGCACAGAAAAGCAUGUCAGACAAGCAGAUGGACUUUGAAAUCCAGUGGUACCUCUUCAACGACACCAGGGUAUCCUUUUCCUCCUUCGAAUCGGUCAGCAACGUGACCUCUUUCUUCCCCAAAGACACGGCCUACGUGCUCUUCUACAGGCAGCGGCCUUGCAAGCAGAGCUGGGCCGUGCAUGAGGCCGUUUCAGACGCCGUCCGGCUGCAUGGGGAUCCUUCUCCCAGUAAAGACUUGAUGGAAGCCAUUUCCAAAGAUAACAUCCUAUAUUUGCAGGAACAAGAAAAGGAAGCAAGGAACAGAGCUGCCUACAUUUCAACCUUGCCCAAAUCCCCUCUGUGGUGGAGAGAUUUUGACAGGGACAAGGAUGACGAAGGCUCCUCUGGGGGCUGCGGUCCAGCUGCUGGAGGUGGAGGCUCUGGCUCGUUUCAUGGACUAGUCUUCUAAAGGUGCCACUGAACACGAACACUAACUAUAAACAACAAGCAAGAAGCCCCGCUUCAACUUCAUUUCUAACCAAGCCGCGGGGCCCACAGAGGCCAGAGUCUCCUCUCACCUCCUUUGAAGUCAGUGUUACCAAGGAGAGGAGUUUGGCCCUGAAUCCUGUCUGAGUAGAAGGACUUGCUGCUGAUUCAGGGAACACAUUGCUGGCUGGAGUUAAAUCACCAGCACAUGGAGAUUCCCGUUGCUUUCUAUGCACUUGGUCUGAACGCCUUAAAUAAUAUUACUAGCUUCUGAGCUCUGCGGUGAUGAGCUACUGACUGAUAACUAAGCGAAGUGCCACUUUCUUAACUGUAGCAUCAUCUUGCCUGCUGGGUACACCGUUGAUCAAGACUGGGGCAGGGAAAGGGGCAGGGAAACAGGACUCUUUUGGAAGAGACCAAGUGCAGCACCAGUGACCGAAAUGCAGAGCCCCAAAUCUUCCACAUGGAAAUGGAAUCUAUGGCCAAGGUCUUCCAGAAGGGCCUAGAGAUUUUCAGAUGCCUCAGAUUUUGGGUGCCCAACUUGCCGUGCCCCUUAAAGGAGCCUGAUUUUCAGAAAGUGCUGAGUAUCUGCCCUCAGAAAAUCAGGGCCCCUUUAAGGCAUCCCACAUUGGGCACCCAAAAUCUGAGACACCUUAAAAUUGCUCGUCACUUCUGGAAAUCUUGCCUUGUUGAGAUCACAGGGUGCAGCAGCCACAGCUCCAUCUUAAUCCUAGCAGCCAGGCAUCUUGAUUCAAGAUGGAGUAUGGGAUGCCAGUAGAGUAUGCUGGCAUGGUGUCUGUGAUCACGACUCUCGCUAGCGGCUGGUCCCCAACAGCUCUUAUAGUCUGCCGCUUCCUCACUCCCUGCAGGGCCGACUCCUCUGGUGUGAGUGGGAUGGAGUUGUGCUGUUUAUGCCCAAGGGGAUGGGUUCAAUUCCUACUGCUGACUGUGGUGUGUGUGUGUGAAUAUUGUGUAUCCAUAGAAAAAAAAAAACCCCAAAUCCUGAAUUAAAUUCAAAUGACAAAAACAGGAAAUCUAUUAGAGAGGCUAAAUGCAGCAGACCAAUUAGAGAAUGAGAGUUGUUUGUUCCGUUCUAAUUAGUACUAUCCAACCCUUUUGAGGUUUGCCCACCACUAGCACAAUUUCCUCUCACUUCUAAUCAUUCUAGCCCUCAUUGGGUUUUUCCUGAAGGAUCAGCAGAUGCACAAUCCCAUUCCAGGGCUCUUAUUCAGGCAAAACUCCCAUUAAAGUUAGGAUGUCGCACCUUUCUGGAGUGAAGUGUGCGCAUCUUUGUUCCACCAUGAGGGAAUUGCACUACAAGAGAAGAGGGCCUGUCUGGCAAAGUCUCUCCUCCCUUUCACCUUGUGUAGCGCUGGCAGGCCCACUCCAUGCUCUGCAGUAGCAAGGGGGCUCUGGGAACUGCAGGAUGCCUCUGAAAUCCCUCCCCAUAUUAUAGCUAGAUAAAUAUAUAUAGCAUACAUAUGCUAAUUCCCAGGAAAAGAAAGCUGUAGUAAGAUCAGCUCCUCUUCAUUUCCAGCUGGGAGCAAGAUUUAGCUGGCUCCUCUUUACACAGACUGGAAGAGCAAGAACCCAGAAUUCCUCCUUAGUCUUUCCUCAGCGGUGACUCUCACUUAAGGCAGAGUUUAGUGAGUGUUUGACCUCAGGCAAAGGAACUUAAAGUUGAGUAAAACGAUGGUCACAAUUUUCAUUUUGGGUGCCCAGCUGUGGGCCUGAUGUUCAGAGUUGCUGAGCAUGCACAAGCCCAGCUGAAAUCAAUGGGAGCUGUGGAUGCUCAGGACUUCUAAAAAAAAAAAAAAUCUGGUUUUAAGAUGGGCACCUAAACAAACCAAGACGCCCAAAACCAGUCGCCACUUUUGAAAAUAUUUGAAAAGCGGGGAAAUGGCUGAUAAAGGGAAGGAAAAUCUCAAGCUUCCUAGAAACCAUUCAGGACUUUCACAUCUAUUUAACUAUAUCAGAGUUCAUGGUAUGGGGGGUGGGGGGUAAUAGCAGGAAAUAAUGGGAAGACAAUCAAGCUUUAGUCUUGAAACUCUUAGAUUUGGGGUGGCAUUUUCAAAAGUGGCGCCUGUAGUCACUGGGCAUUAGACAGCUGACCCACUCAGGCAGGUUUGAAUUUCCCAGUGGCAGCUAGAUCCACAAAGGGGUCUUAAACUCAGCAUUGCAACACCUAACCUUUAGGUACCUUUAAAGGGGGUUCCACUUGCCACAGGUCCACCUCCUUGGAGGUAGGUCUGGAAAUUAGCUCUCUCCCCAUCUGGCUCCUCCUGCCAUUACUCAUGUUGUGACUCAUCUCUCUCUUCACAACUCAAGGUGCGUUCUCUCUUUGUGGCUCAGCUCCCCGGCCAGGUCACUAUAUGGUUCCUCCUCUUCCUGGGUAACAAAGUCCCACUGGAGAAGCUGUCUGGAUGCUGUCUCAGAUGGUCUCUGUUCCACAUCUCUGGGUCUGUGCCACUUUGCCAGUGGCUGGUAGGGGAACCCAGUCCUCCCUCUAUGCUUCAUUCCAGCCCAGGGGCCCUGUGACUAGCAGCCAAGGUCUGCACUGUCCCAUUCCUUGCUGCUGUUUCCCUGGGCUUCUUCCCAACCUUUCUUAGGCUGGUUCUCCUCCAGGUGCAGCAUCUAAGGAUAACUGGCCUUUCCUGACCCAUGUUAACGCACUCAAGGCUUGUGUGGGCUACACACCCCGUCACAGUACCCUGCCAUUGAGUGGAAUCUGUGGCCCUUUGUUCGGAGCCCAGACUCCCUAUACAACGCGUGGCGAGAGUUAGGCACCUAGGACUGGAAUCCACAAAGCCAGCCACCAACCCUCUUGUGGAGUUAGGCGCCUAAGCCCUUUCUCAUAUGAGGAGGGGGAGGUAGUGGUAGCGGUCCCUGCCCCUCUGUUCAGCCCACUGUUUGAGCACUCGCCCCGCCUGUGGGAGGCCUGUGUUCCAAUCCCCCUGCUCCAAUGCAUAUUUAAUUAGUUAUACACAGUGGAACAGCUUAAACAGAAGAGAUUGAGAGAGAUUUUCCCCAGACUACCCCACCACCUCUGGGCUCUAGCACUGUUUUGUACAGGGCCCAGUCAGGUGGCUUCUGAGCAUGCCCACCCAAUCACAUCCCAAAGGCGAGCUAGGCAGGGGCAUGCCUAGUUUGAGAACCCUGUUGGAGCUUAGAUGUGAGCUUGGUGCCCAGGCAUGUAGAUUGCUGCAUGCCUAGAGGUGGAUUUUUUAGGCGUUUGGGGGCCUUCCAGCAGAAAUGUAGGCAUCUAGGGACUGUAGGUGCCUAGAGAGUUAGGCAACAGCUGAGCAGGGCUUUUGAGAAGCUCUGUUUUGGAUUUAAGUGCUUAAAUGUCAGUUAUGCACCUAAAUCCCUUGGUGGAGCUAACUCUAGGGCCUGCCUGCAUCUUUAUAUGCCUAAAUACCUUUGUAAAUCUAGCUGUAGGUGACUUAGGAGUCCAUGUCCCAUUUAAGCUGUUGACUUUCAAUGAGGCUUCGUUACACAACAUACUGUCAGCCAGUGCAAUUCAUUGCCAGGGGAUGUUGUGAAGGCCAAAACUAUAUCUGGGUUCAAAACAGAGUUCAAACCCUGUGCUUUGGGUUCAAACCCCAUGCUCUGGGCAUCCCUAGCCUCUGACUGCCAGAAUCUGGGAGUGGGUGACAGGAAAUGGAUCACUCAAUAAUUACCCUGUUCUGUUCAUUCCCUCUGAAGCACUUGGCACUAGACACUGUCAGAAGACAGGAUACUGGGCUAGAGGAACCUCUGGUCUGACCAGUAUGGCCACUCGUAUGUGACUAUAUCGUUUUGUGUUUUUAGUGCUGCAACUGGGCCACUGGAGCGCUUCAGUGUAGAUCCCACCUACACUGACAGGAGGGGUUCUCCUCUUGGCAUAGAUAAUCCACCUUUCCAAGAGGUGAUAGCUAGCUUGACAGAAGAAUUCUUCCAUUCACCUACUGCUGUCUACACUGGGGUUAAACUGGUUUAAUUACGACGCUUAGGGGUGUGGUUCUUUCAAACCUCUGAAUGAUGUAGCCGGGUUGACCUAACUUUGUAGAAAGACUUCUAUCAACUUAGUGACCGCCUCUUGGGGAAAUGGAUUAGCUACACCAAUGGGAGAACCCCCUCCUGUUGGCAUUGCUACUGUGCACAGGGGCUACACAAGGCCCCUCAUGCUCCUUGCACACAUGUUAGGCCAGAGUCUUGGGAAUAAUCAUCAUGGUCCUGAUUAGGCAGGUGCAAUCAGUGGCUGUGUGAGAUGGGUAUUGUGGGCUAGGAGUGUGGUUUCUGCCCACUGAAGCAGGGCCUACUUACGGCAAUUGGGGUCUAUGGAGGUGUCAUUUUGUUGGGGGAGGGACAGGAAGUGGGGGUGUCUGAGGGCUUGCACUACACUAGCAUUUGAUACCUCAGUGCAGAACAAGCUGGUUACAUUGCCCUAAGAGUUAAUCUGAAUCUGCUUUUAAUUUCCUAGCUGGGGUUCCCUUCUAGUAAAUGCUUCAUCAGCCUGCCCUGGCCUGCUGGUAUGCUGCACUACAAUAGCAUCGGAGCCAUGGAUGAGGGCUGUACUCCCAAAACAACUCUGGGCACUCAUUUGAUCAAUUAGCAACAUGGCGGGUGAGUGGGCAGGCAGGGAGGAACAGAGAUGGCACAUGACUCAAGGCAGUUUGCAGUCUUAGGAGGACAGAUGCAUCUCAUCUUUGAAACUCCAGGGCACAAAGGAAAGAUGAUUAUUAAACCCAGGCUGUAUUGUAAAAUACUGAGCAUCUACAGUCAGUUUUUUUUUCUUUUUAUGUAUAUCUAUAUCAAUAUAGAUAAAAAACAAAAAAAGACAAAGAAUGCAGGACUAUGACCACUGUCCCCACAAUUCUGCUACAGCCUCACUGAAUCAUUUCUGUGGGAUUAUUGCUGCUAUUUGAUGGUGUCAUCUAUUUCUUUCAAAUCAUUAUGUAGACAGCUAUGUCUAUUGAGUGAUUUUAAGGAAUUAACCAUUUUCCUUGCUCUUUACAGUUAUUUAUAGCAAGCAAUAGGGCGCAGGGGGGAAGAGGUUUAAAUAAACAGCUCUAAAUGAUACACAAGUUGAAAAAAGGAUCUCUGUUCCCCUGCUUUUAUAUAUAUCAUAACAGAAAUAAAGGACUUGCAAAAAUAAGAAUUGUAUUCAUACUAAGUUAUUAGCUGCGCCAUGUUAAAUCCAGUAGAAAAAUUCUGCUCCGAAUUACACUGUUGUAAAUCUAGCGUAUAGCCCCAUUAAGGUCACUGGCUAAGAGCAACCAUUUUAGUGGAGUUACGCCAUUACAAAUGAGAGCAGAAUGUGGCCCAAGCUCUGUAAUUAUAUAGUUUAAAAGUAACACAAUUAAAAAGUACAGUGAUACCCGCUAUUAUUAGUCUAUUGUGUAACCCUUCUGUCCAGGGGGGAUUCCAAAUGUUUGACUUCUACUAAACUUCACUUUAUUAUUUGUCUUACAGUAGCACUAGAGGUGUCAUCUGAAAUCCAGGCCCCCAUUGUGCUGGGUGCUGUACAUAAACAUUGUAAGAGACAGUCUCUGCCCUGAAGAGCCUACAAUUUAAAUAGACAAGAGGGACAACAGGGUGGAAGAAAUGAAGUAUUAUCAUCCUCAUUAACAGAUGGGAAACAGAGACAGACAGAG